CUGCGGAGCGCACGGCGCCGCGCCCCGCCUCACGGGCGCCCUAGCCUCGCGCCGGCCUCCAGCUCCCGGCUCCCGGGGCUGAGGUGGAGCGGGUGGACGCCGGCUGGGCUGUGGCGCAGCAGUGUCCUUUCUGCGCGCGCGCCUGAAGUCGGCGUGGGCGUUUGAGGAAGCUGGGAUACAGCAUUUAAUGAAACAUUUAUGCUUAAGAAGUAAAAAUGGCAGGCUUCCUAGAUAAUUUUCGUUGGCCAGAAUGUGAGUGUAUUGACUGGAGCGAGAGAAGAAAUGCUGUGGCGUCUGUUGUCGCAGGUAUAUUGUUUUUUACAGGCUGGUGGAUAAUGAUUGAUGCAGCUGUGGUGUAUCCUAAGCCAGAACAGUUGAACCAUGCCUUUCACACAUGUGGUGUAUUUUCCACAUUGGCUUUCUUCAUGAUAAAUGCUGUCUCCAAUGCUCAGGUGAGAGGUGAUAGCUAUGAAAGCGGCUGUUUAGGAAGAACAGGUGCUCGAGUUUGGCUUUUCAUUGGUUUCAUGUUGAUGUUUGGGUCACUUAUUGCUUCCAUGUGGAUUCUUUUUGGUGCAUAUGUUACCCAAAAUACUGAUGUUUAUCCGGGUCUAGCUGUGUUUUUUCAAAAUGCACUUAUAUUUUUUAGCACUCUGAUCUAUAAAUUUGGAAGAACUGAAGAGCUAUGGACCUGAGAUCACUUCUUAAGUCACAUUUUCCUUUUGUUAUAUUCUGUUUGUAGAUAAGUUUUUUUAUCUCUCAGUACACCUUGCCAAAUGGAGUAGAUUGUACAUUAAAUGUUUUGUUUCUUUACAUUUUUAUGUUCCGAGUUUUGAAAUAGUUUUAUGAAACGUCUUUAUUUUUCAUUGCGUAGACUGUUAAUACUAAUAUGUAUAUAAUACGAGACUAUAUGAAUUGGA